CAAAAGUUAAUGAGUAGUGAAAUCACUUUGACCAUUCAAUGAAAAGAUAAUCACCUCUGAAUCUGUAUUGUUGUUGUUAACUUCGAAACAUUUGACGUUUAAGGGCACCCUGGCAAUAACAGCCAGUGUGACAGUGUGUGGAUAUAGAAGGGAAGUGAAAAAUAUUUCAAAACUUGUUCUUGCGGCCAGCAGCAGCACGGAGUUAAGUCCGCUGUGUUGUUUUUGUUGUACAUAGAGAAGGAGCUGGUAGAGCUCGCGCGCGCGUCACGAAAACCCUCGGAAGAGAAGAAACGAAAAGGAAAACGAGUCUCUCGACGGACGACGUAAUAGCUUUGCCAGGCCUGCCGACCAACAACAAUCGCCGACCUGAGAGUGGGGCGGCGGUGUGGAGGAAGUGGCCUUUGCGAGUGCGAAGGUAUGAGAUUAUGUGGCAAACAGCAACGGCCAAGACUACGAAAACGACGACAUAUGCAGCAGCAAUCAGCGGCAAUCGCUGGAGUAUGUUUCACUGAAGGAUUGUGCAAUGUGGAUGAAGAGGCAAUGAUUAAAUGCAACUUGUUCCGCAGGGAAGGCCUCGACAGGAAUGUACCGCUGUAGUGGAAUGCUCCGCGGAGGAAGAAACAAGAGAAAGCAGAAGAGAACCAAACCCGGAUAAAUAAGUCGGUUCGGUUCAAACAGAAGUAGAAAAGAAGGUGUUCUUAAUUACAUGUUACAACGGUUAUAAAUUAUCAAAUGAUGUUGAAAAAAGUGAUAAGCGGAUGUUGUAUUUUUGCUAAGCAUUAAACACGUUAUGAAAUAUGGAUAAAUUUUAUUGAAAUGCGAUGACCAUCUGGUGCCGGAGUUGGAAACAAGCGAAUCUAAAGCCAAAGGCAAUCUCGAAGAGAUAAGAUCCCAACAGUAUGUGAACCGACAUUGGAAGAAGAGGAAGCAACAAUUCGUGAAACCAAUUUUACAACCUUCCAAUCCAUUAUCAGCAGAAGUGAAUUGUGGUUUCCCGAUAAGCCUUGUGGUGUGCCGCUACAGCCGUUGAAAGAAAGCACAAUCUUCGCACUUAACUAAGCGGAAGGUUCGGCAGAACAAAGUUUAUUUCAUUAGAGAAAAAUGUAGGAAUAUUUUUGUGUCACCAUUUAGCGAAGAGAAAACGCAAAUGUGAAAAGUAUGCAGCAAAUGCAAAGAAAUCAAGUGUAAAUAGCCAACCCCAAAAUAGAGUUGAAAAAAUCCCGGUGAAAAGUGAGCUAAGUGAAGGCACAGAAAGGAGAAAACCGAUACCUAUUUAAUUUUUCAAUGAAACCAAAAAGCAAGCAGCGAAAUUUUCAAGUGCGCUGUGUCAGUGAGCUAGAAAUCCAAAAUAGAGCACGAAAUGCAAAAAGCCUCAAAGUGGUGAAGCACAGAGAAGAAUAGCCGAAAGUGUGUGUAUUCGUUUCCGGAAAGAGGAAGUGGCAAACGGGAACAGGAAUUUAGGCGAAUAGAAGAAAACAAAAAUCCAAGGCGAGAUCCGUUCCCUUCGGUGGAAGUGGUGUGUGCAUUCGGUGUUUGUUGAUGAUUAUUAUUUCUGCGCAGUGUUUAGGAGUGAUUCUUGUGGCGACGAUCCGCAUAUCUGUGCGCAAGUGGUGGUGAAUAAAGAGCAGCGUUCGAUAUUUUGAUUCCAAUCUCGACGACAGUGAGGUCUGUUUAUGAUUCUGAAAUAAUAACAACAAAACCUCGGCAACGACAACAACCAUAACAACAGCACCAGCAACAACAACUGAAGUGGAAGCAGCAUCGAAAAGAAGAGGGCGGAUUGAUAUAGUGCAGAGAUACGGGUGAUAUUUCUUCGGCUGAAAAGUGUUUAAACAGUGCCUCAAAAUUUGGGAUUACUCUUUGGAAUCGGUGGCUGGCGUAUCAGCGACCACGGAGCGAUUAACAGCUCCCCCGGCACCUCCCCAGGGCCACUCGCCCCAUCAGCUCUUAGAUGAGCCUCACAUGUCCAUUGCUGCGGCUGAAAAUGCAGGGCUUGGCCCGUGUGAACUUCCCCUGCCGGAACAGUGGCUCGUCCAUGCUCAGCUCUCACAAUCGUCUCAACCGUCGUCACAACAAUAUUCAUCGCCAUCGCCGGCCCUUGGUGGCCCCAGUUUGGGGCUGGGUGGACUGCCGUCAGCACUGCCUCAACAGCAACAGUCAUCGUCUUCGCAACAGCAACAUUCCGCCAGCUCACAACCGUCAGCAUCACAUCAACAGCAGCACCAACAGCAGCUGCAGCCGAAAAUAAUGAACGCGGUGGUUCCGGCCGUGUCGGUCCCGGCAGCAAACAAGAAAAUUCGAAGAAAACCAGAUACUAAGCCACAAUCACAAAUCAACAAGUGCAACAACGAGAAACGACGCCGUGAGCUGGAGAAUGAGUACAUCGAACAGCUCGGCGAGUUUCUUCAGAUCAACAAGCGGGAUAUGACCGCUUGCAAGCCGGACAAGGCAGCGAUACUCAGUGAAGUGGUGCGAACGUUUCGUCGUUUGUUGGAGCAAGGCAACCGGGAUCUAACCGGAUCGAACCGCUGUUCCAAGUGUUCGCCCGACUGCAGCGACUCCUGUAAGCUGCAUCCGGUACAGCAGGGCGAGGUAUCCUCAACCGAGCCCCCACUUCCGGAACCGUCCGUCAACGGACACUCGCCGGAAAAGUCGGCCUAUUUCGAGGCGGUCAAGUACUACAUCUCCAACGUCGGUUGGGUCCUGCUCGAGAUCAACUCGGAGGGCGUCAUCGAAUGUGCCACCGACAACGUGCUGGACGUGUUGCACUACACCCGUACCGAGCUGCAUGGCCAGUCCAUCUAUUCGUACCUGCAUACUGGUGAUCAUUCAAAGUUGAGUCCUAUUCUAAAUAAGAAUUCAUUCGAGCUAAACUGGGAUCAAAAUGAGUUUAUUCAACCACCAAAGCGAACGAUCCGAACCAAGAUUCGUUGGCUACUGAAGGCACCGGAGAGCGCCAACGACACAAUCGAACAGAAGCAGCAGCGCCAGGACAAGUACAAGGACCUGCUCAUCAUUUCCGCCCCCGUCAAGGAUGACACGGACGCCGAGUCGUCGUCCGUGCUUUGUCUAAUCACACUACCAGAGGACGAACAUCAUCAGGGCCCCGCCAUCGAGAGCCACACUAUGCCACAGACGCUGGAUGAGCAGCUAACGCUCAAGCUGGACAUGACUGGUGCUGUCACAGAUUUUGACGCAGCCACGCUGAGAAAACAAUUCACGGAUUUUCUAACCAAAGAGACUGUACGGUCAAUCCACGAUCUCUGCCACUUCCAGGAUCGGCCUCGGCUGAACGAACACCUUCAGAAUGUGAUGAACGCGAACGGCGAUGCCCAGGUGUCGUCGUAUCGGUUGCGCCUGGGAGGACCGGACGUAUACGUACACGUUAAGGCACAGACGAGAUUAUUCCGCAACAACAAACCAAACGAGCCGGAUUUCAUCAUGGCCAUUCACACGAUCCUGAACGACAACGAGGUGGCCAUGGUCGAGAGCGGGCUGAACAAUCCGUCGUCGUCUUCGUCGUCUAGUCUGGCUAUUCCUAGUACUAGUAGCGGCAGUGGCAGCAGUAGUACAACCCGCCAGAUGCAACAGAUUACCCAAGGGGUAAGCAACAUGGGUGGACCGCUGAUGUCCAGCAUGCUGAACGGAAGCGGGAGUGGUACUGGGUCCGGGGGACCUAGCGGCCUUCAGGGAGCGUUGGGAUCGGUAGUUUCACCUAGAAGUAGUAAUCUGAGCUCGGCCCUUCUUUGUCAGCAAUCAUCGGAUGGAUCAGGUUUCUUCCCGUCGGAGUUUGAGUUCGAAUUUCCACAUUCCACAUACGAAAUGGAGUCGGUUGGUGUCACCUGGGACUCGAGGCCCGACUCGCGAACAAGUGUUACGCCGGUCAGCACGCCUAGGCCGCCAUCGGUUACUGCAUACAGUCCGGCCGCGGCGCCAAUGUGCCCCUCGCCACUGACUCCAUACCACGCCAGCAGUGCCGGAGGGCAACCAUCUCCCUCGAACAACAAUCAACAGGUUAACAACAACAAUAACAACAACAACAACAGUAUGGCAAACAACAAUGCGAGUCUAUUCGGAGGCUUUCAGUGUCAGUUCGACGACAAGGAUAAGGUCCAGGAACAGAUCCAGCAACAGCAGCAACAGCAGCAACUUCAACAACAACAGCAACAGCAGCAGCAUCAGCAGCAGAUGGCCUCACACGACUCAGAGCGAUUGCGAAACCUACUGACAACCAAACGACCUCACUCCAAUGCCUCGUCCUCGUCCGGGUUGGAUAUGGAUCAUGACCACCGGAAUCCGAACCGGAUCUUGAAGGGCUUGCUAAAUUCCGAAGAAGAUAAGGAUAGUAAUGGAAAUAAAUUAAGUACCACAACUCUUUCACAACGUUUACCUCAGUCAGUUAGAGCCCUUCAGUCGCAAGGUGGCGCUGUCGGUGGUGGUGAUGUUAGUGCUGGCUUGGGAAGCGCCCGGCCUGGCCCCGAUAACAAGUCUGGUAGCAAUAAUAUGCUAUUGCAGCUGCUCAACGAAAAAAGUGACGACGACGACCCGGAAGCGCGGAAUCGGCCGAGUGAACUUUUAAGGCAGCUGCAGAAGGUUAAAGAUGAACCCAAGGAACACCCGGCCCCGCUAAACAACGAGGAACUGAUCCAAAUGCUUCGCUUCCAGGGUAACGAUCGGAAGCGACCCUCGAACGAACCGGACGAGGGUGCCGCUGCGAAACGACCCGAUGAUAAACCGUCCAAGUUGCGCGAGAAGAAUAAAAUGCUGGCCUCGCUGUUGGCCAACCCGUCUAAAGCCCCGACACAGAUGCUGCCGGGUCACUCGCUGCCGCUACGCAUCAUCCCCGAUAUACCCACCUCCAACGUAUCACGCCAGAUGAGCAGCGUAACGAGCUCGACAGCUUCGAACCAAACGCUGAACAACAACAACCUUACCACUAGCAACAAUAAUCUGAAGCAUGUACAACAGAUUAACCAUCUGCGGAGGCAACAGCAGCAACAGCAGAUGCGCAAUUCAGCAAUGCCUUCACAAUCGCAACAGCCACCUACUUCAUCCGAUAUCUACCUCAGCCACCAGCAGCAGCAACAGGCCCUGCUUCAGCAGCAACUGAUCGCCGCUCAGCAGCGACAGCAGAACUUCUCUUCAGCUAUCCAAGACUCGGGCAUCGGCUCCGUUGGGAGCGGCCCAUUUGCGACGCCAUCGUCGGCCACUUCCACCACCAGCCAUGCCACGCCCGAGUGGGACCCAGAGCUGAACGAAAUACUUAACCACGUUAUCGACAUCGCCCCAGACGGCAGCUUUGCCGAUAGCGAACUCAAUAGUUUCCUAGGUUCCAUCGAGUCAUCAGCAUCCACUACUCCAUCCCAAUCCAGCCAGCAGGACAUCCAAGAAAAACUGGCAAUCAAUGCAAUUCAGAAAUCUCUGAUGCGAGAAAUCGAGAACGUCACCUCUCCUAUGCAGUACAGUGGUAGUCCUCCGGCAUAUCCGAUGCAUGGAAUGGGUCCCGUUGGUUCACCGGCAGGUCAAAUACCACAGCAAGCCCCAGGCACUCCAACAACGCCAAAUCCCAACUUCACUCCACCUCCUGUUUAUCAACCACGAAUGCGCAUGUCUGGUCCAGGUGGACCAAGCGUCGGACAGCUCGGGAAUGGUGCCCCAAGUCCAAGUGCUAUAGCAAUGCAGAAGCUAACCCAUCAACAACAACAACGCGAACGAAUUCAGGAACAGCAGCGGCAUCGGUUGCUGCAACAACAGAAACAACAACAGAUGGUGGUACCGGUGAAUGCCACAGCCAACGCCGACCUUAACCUGGGAUUAACUCCAGGUAUGCAGAACAUCGAAUCGUUGCUAAACAACACCGUUGCGCCAAAUGUUUCGCUCACUCGGGCUAACAGCGUAGUACCCGAUUCACAGCUAAGUCCUGGUUUUUCGUCUAGCCAGUUGAUGCAACAACAGCUGAGUCCGAAUCAGCGAACGCAACUUAGUCCCCAGCAGACAGGUAUGUUCCAUUUCACCGACCAGAAAUUCCCCGCCAAACACCAAACCACCUCCAACCUAGCAGGGUUCCAAGGCAAUCCCUUUAACAACAACCCCGGCCACCGGAUGUCACCUCAGCAGCAGCAACAAUUGGUUGCUGCCGGGUUCCAGCAAGGCAAUCCUGGCAACCAGCAGCUAUCACCUCGACAACCUCCCUUCAGCGGUUCCCAACAGAUGCCGCAGGCCAGUUCAGCUGCCCUCCAGCAACAGCAGCAACAACAGUGGCAACAGAACAAUCGCCCCUCCAUACAACAACAAAACCCAAUGCUCAAUGCUCAACUAUCGACGGUCCCCGGAUUCAAUCCUGCUGCCGCAGGGAGCCGACAAUUUGUAGCUCCCCAGCGACAGCGAUCACUGAACUCACCCGGAGCGCAACGGCAGGGCUCGUUUGGCAGCACGGUGGAUGGAAGCGGAUUCCCCGGACCACCAAGUCCUUCGCAAUCCACUGCUGUCCCCGGGCCAAACUUCGGAAAUCCCGUCUUUGUCAGUCAACAAAUGCGACUGCAACGACAGGGUAGCAUUCCUCCUCAGGCAACCCAACAUCUACCAGGAUCGCCACGUCCUUCGUACGGUGGACAUGGACCCGGUCCGGACAAUAGUGGCUAUGGGAUGAUGUUCAGCAAUUCCGCAAUGCAGCAGCAGCACUCGGCAGGCUCACCAGGCGAUUACUUCAAUCGCAGCCAAGCUGGUGGCAACAAUGGAGGUGGGCUGGGCACAUCGGAGCACGUCCGGCAAGAGUUGAGGGCGGUGGUCUCGGGUAGGGCACAGAAUGCGGCAAGCGGCGGUGUUGGCGGAACGGGCGGCCUGCGAACACCGCAAAGCCCGAUCGGACUGUCGCCCAUGGGAGGAGUCGGAACUGCUGGAGCGGGACCAGGCACCGGUACCGUGCCCGGCGGUGGCGGCGCAGGUGGUGGUGUCAUGACGGGAGUCGGCAGCACGAACAGUGUCGGGAUGGGACCGGGCAGCAACGGUUCCGUACUCAGUCCCGGCAUGGGCGGUAUCACAGGGAAUCUAGUUGGUAAUGGUGGUGGCGGCGGUGGGGGGAGUGGAACAGGAUCCGCAGGGGGAGGAGGAGGAGGAGGAAAUAGUUCUGGCAACGGAGACGGAAUGCAAACAUCACAGUUACCAGGUACGUCAUCGUUACUCAACACAUCGGGCGACAUCGAUCCGUCAAUGCUAUUCAAUUUUCACCUCGCGCCGAAAGAGUUCUUCGGAGGCAAUACGAGUCGGUGACCCGAAAAAUUCAUCCCUCCUUCUGCAAAAACUUCUGUCGGAUUAAAGUGAUAAAACAAACAAGUUGUUCGUGUACGUGUUUAGGCUUCGUUUUUAUAAGAUUUUUUUUAUCAACCCAUUAGCGAAAUGUUGUUUUGUUUAUUUUUGCGCUGUCCUAAGUUUUAAAUUUACUAAAAAAAUCGAGAAAUAAAAUUUGUUACGAUUGAAAACAAAAUCGACAAAAUGUGUUUGUAACAAUUCGAUGGGAAAUGUUUGGCAUUAUUAGGAAAAAUAUAUGAAGAAAAAAAGCAACAAAAAAAAACACUUAAGUUGACCUCCUAAUUAUUAAAACAAAAAAUAUCAAAAACUAAAAAAAAAUAACAAAACCGAGAUGUGAUGUGAUGUUUAGGAUGAGGAAUGAAUUAGAGGAAGCCGUCAGAACGGCUUUAAAACAUGUAGUUAUUGUGCUGUACAUAUUUAGUUAUUGUAAAGUGUAAAACCAAGUAUAUAAUUUAACAAAAAAAAGUAAAUAUGUAUACACAGAGUAAAGGAAAGUCGAUAUAAGCUAAAGAGCAAAAAGGAGUAAAUUAAUGAAAACAAAGUAAGGCAAAUAGAAAUACCUCUAACAUUAGUUCAAACUAAUAACAAAAUGAAAACAACAAAAGUGUUAAACCUUAAAAGUGUAUCUAAAUUAACCAAAUAAAGAACAAAACAAAUCGAAACAUGGAAUCGAGAAGUUAGGUUGACCCAAACCGUGCAAAACACACUCACACAUGUGACGAAUCAAACGUAAAUUGAGUCGGGGGGGAAGCGAGUUAGACGUACAUAAAUAGAGGGGGAAAUGUUCCUCCGUGGAACGGGAAGGAGAGCAACGAGGCUUAUAGUCUCGAACCCAAAGACUACGGCGCGAACGAGGACGAUCGUUAGACAGUGAAAGAAAGUAGGAUAAAUUUCCCACAAACCAACGGUUUCGCAUUUAUAAGAAAACAUACGAAAGGAGCAGAAAAAAAACGAAUAAAUGUUAGAAAAUUAAUGAAAUUAGAAGAACGCAGAACGAACACAAAAGAUUAUGCAAAGGUGUAACCAGAAGUAACGCUAAAUCGUAAAUUGGUGUUCGGUUCUACCCUAGUAGAGAUUUAAGCACGAUUUAAAACUAUUUUCAUCACUCCUAUUGGCGUUUGCUCUGAGCAGCAACUGGAAACAUUAUCAAACAAAA